UCCGCAAACUUAAGGAGGCUCCCAGUUUGUUGGGAGUUUUGAGUUUUCGUUUGAUAAAGCUUGCGCAGAACUGACACUAAAACUUCGAGGUGGACUGUAGUUAUUCUUAUAUCUUCAAGAAUUAUGGUGGCGCACAACAAGCCCGUCGUAAUUGUGGCUAUAAAAACAAGUUUUCUCUUUAGAGAAAAUACCCCUUCCGUCAGUAAUAUAACUACACUUCAAAACAUCCGUCGUAUUAUUGCCCAAGCCUCGUGUUACUCUUGUUCUCAUCAGUCACACAAUGUUACUUCGCUACCAAUGCAAAAAGGACAGAACCAGCUCGUUCAGUGAAGUGAUGGCUACUGCUCUGAUGUUGGUGAUGUUGCUUCAGUUGGUCUGUUUGUGUGCAGCUUCUGAAGAGGUCGAGACUACUAUGGAUGGUUAUAACCCGAAAUUGAAUGACACUACUACUGUGCCGGACAGAGUCAAGCGAAACCCGCCGCCAGCACCCAGUAAUAACGACAACUCGAAAUGCGUCAAGGAUCCUGCACAAAUUCAUGAAAGUACGCGUGGACUUGUGGCUUUAGGCUCGAUCAUUGCCUUUAUUCUCUGCCUGGGUCUGAUGCUCGCGGUUGCGUGUGGAUGUAUAUGCACGGAAACAAAAAUGAUUGAUGUGGAGUGA